AUAUUCAUGAGCCUAACAUGGCCUAAAGAAAAGGAAAAGGCGAUCCCCAAAACACGUUCAAAAAACCUCGUUAUCUGAUGUCAACAGAGUCUGCAACAAACACCCUGAAAAGGUUUCACUUUCACCGUACCCUUCAACUCUUUUUCUCUGCCAAUGUCGCAGAAACAAUCGCAACCCCCAAACCCAAAAAAAUCCAUUCUUUCGCACAAUGAAGAAGAAUAAAUCACCCUUCUCCGCCGCCACCUUCACUCUCUUCAUCGCCACCCUCUUAAUCCUCUCUUCACUAUCACCAUCGCAUGCCCUCGGUUCCGCCGCCACCCUCGCCGUCACCUCCUCCGCCGUCUGCGGCGUGGUGGCAUCGGAGCCGACGCGGCGCAUUGCGUGCUACCGCCACGGCGAAGUCGUCGCCGUCGCCCCCAACGUCUCCUUCUCGACCAUCUCCGGCGGCCGGAGCUACUUCUGCGGUCUCCGCUGCGGCAACUACAGCCUCCUCUGCUGGGACACCCUCUCCGCCUUCCAAAGCAAGAGGCUUUACAACAAUGGCACUGUUCUAUUCGAGAAUCUCGCCCUCGGAGACUCCCAGGUUUGCGCCACCGUGGUCGGCGCCGGAAAGGCGUCGUGCUGGAGAACGAACGCCGCGUUCGAAUCGCCAUCUGGCUCGGACCGGUUUGAUUCCAUUUCAUCUGGGUCGGGCUUCUCUUGCGGAGUUUUGAAGGGUAGUGAUCGGGUUCGGUGUUGGGGUGUUGGGUCUAUAGCGAGAAAAAUGGAGAGUGAAUUUAGGAACAUGUCUAUGGUGAGUCUUGUGGCUGGGGAGUCACAUGUUUGUGGGUUGAAUUCAAGUGGGUAUUUGGUUUGCAGAGGAAGUAACAACUUUGGUCAAAUUGAUGUUCCUGAAGGAGGUGCUUUGGAGUUUUCUGGUUUGGCGCUUGGGGUUGAGCACACUUGUGCUAUUCGGAGAUCCAAUGGUUCUGUCGUUUGUUGGGGUGGGAGAGGGUUGUUUGAGGAUAAUGUUACAAAAGGUGUUUCUUUUGAGGUUAUUGUUUCUGGGUCCAAUUUUACUUGUGGAUUGACUACUAACAAUUUUUCAGUCAUUUGUUGGGGUCCUGGUUGGGAUAAUGGUUCAGGUUAUGAGAUUCCCUUGCCUCCUAUUCUUCCAGGGCCUUGUGUUCAAUCUCCUUGUAGUGAAUGUGGGAUAUAUCCUCAAUCUGCGUCUCUGUGUUCAGGCUAUGGAAACAUUUGUAAGCCAAAGCCUUGUUUACCUGAAAUGCUGGUGCCAGCGCCACCUGUGGUGAUGCCGGCAACACCACCGAGUCCUCCUCCGGCUUCUCGGUCGAAGGCCUUGACUAAGGGGUUAUUGGCAUUUGCCAUUGUUGGAUGUGUGGGAGGUGUUGCUGGGAUAUGCACUGCGAUUUAUUGUUUGUGGACUGGGGUUUGUUUUGGGAAGAAGAAAGUUCACAAUUCUGUGCAGCCAACAAUCACUAGAGGUGGCAGUGUAAAUGGUGUGGGCGGUUCUAAUAACAGUAUUAGUCCUCCUUCUAGAUCAUCCACCAUAAGGCGUCAAGGGUCGCGGAUAAUGAGGCGUCAAAGGAGUGGAACAUCAUCCACAAAGCAUCCUGAGAGGGCUGAGGAGUUCACUUUGGCUGAACUUGUUGCAGCCACCGACAAUUUUUCCCUUGAGAAUAAGAUUGGUGCUGGAAGCUAUGGUGUUGUUUAUAAAGGCAAACUCGCCGAUGGUCGCGAGGUGGCAAUCAAAAGGGGUGAAACUAGUACCAAGAUGAAGAAGUUUCAAGAGAAAGAGACUGCAUUUGAGUCAGAAUUGGCCUUCUUGUCCCGGUUACACCACAAGCACUUGGUCAGGUUGGUGGGGUUCUGUGAAGAGAAAGAUGAGAGGCUCUUGGUGUACGAGUACAUGAAGAAUGGGGCAUUGUAUGAUCAUUUGCAUGACAAGAACAAUGUGGACAAGAGUAGUAGUGUCUUGAAUUCUUGGAGAAUGAGGAUCAAAGUAGCGCUGGAUGCUUCACGAGGAAUUGAGUAUCUCCAUAAUUAUGCAGUUCCAUCUAUAAUUCACAGAGAUAUCAAGUCUUCCAACAUUCUCAUUGAUGCGACUUGGACGGCGAGAGUAUCGGAUUUUGGAUUGUCAUUGAUGAGUCCAGAAUCUGACCAUGAUUACCAGCCGAUGAAGGCAGCGGGAACAGUUGGAUACAUUGAUCCUGAAUAUUAUGGUCUGAAUGUAUUGACAGCAAAGAGUGAUGUCUAUGGGCUUGGAGUGGUGCUGCUAGAACUAUUAACAGGAAAGAGGGCUAUAUUCAAAAAUGAUGAAAAUGGAGGCACCCCAGUGAGUGUUGUAGACUUCGCAGUGCCGGUAAUUAUGACGGGAGAAUUGGCGAAAAUUUUGGACCCCAGGGUUAAACCACCAGAGAUGAAUGAAACAGAAGCAGUGGAGCUAGUGGGAUAUACUGCUAUGCAUUGUGUAAAUUUGGAGGGGAAGGACAGACCAACAAUGGCUGAUAUUGUAGCAAAUUUGGAGCGUGCUUUGGCUCUCUGUGAUAGUAGUCAUGGCAGCAUUUCCAGUGGUACAAUCUCCAUUGUAUCCGACUGACAUUCAAACCCUGGUAAAGGGGAAGCAAAAUAGAAAAUGUUCCCUUAUUCUUAUUGAUUCUUUCUGAUUAAUUACAUGGGUAUACUCUUGGGGUGUAAAGACUAGGAAUGUCACCUAACAUGAAGCUGUAGUGCAGAAUUUUGUUAAACACUAACAGCCAGUAAAAUUGAUCAAUUAUAAAUCUUCUUUUUCUUUUUCA